AAAAGCAGCAUGACAUCAACUUCCUGCUGCACAAAAUCUACGGAAACAUCCGGGAUCCUGAACUGAAAGCCAAAGCUGACUCCUUCGAUCCAGAGGCUGAUCUUUCACAUUACAGUGACGGCGGUCAAGCUGUCAAGAAUAUCAUGAAAGACAUUAAGGACCACAGAUUUCUCCAACAGAGGCAUUGGUUCUCCCUCUUUAACACCAGGCAUCGUCAUGAAGCACUUAUGCUCUUCGAUGUUCUCAUUCACUCCAAGGACUGGAAUACAUUUGUCAGCAACGCUGCCUACUUCCGCCAAAUUGUCAAUGAGGGAGAAUUCGUGUAUGCACUCUAUGUUGCCGUCAUCCACUCACCUCUGACUGAACACGUUGUACUUCCUCCACUCUAUGAGGUCACACCUCAUCUCUUCACCAACAGCGAAGUCAUUGAAGCAGCUUAUCGUGCUAAGCAAACACAGGUACCUGGUAAAUUCAAGUCAACUUUCACGGGGACCAAGAAGAAUCCUGAACAAAGGGUAGCCUACUUCGGAGAGGACAUUGGAAUGAACACUCACCACGUUACCUGGCAUAUGGAAUUCCCUUUCUGGUGGCAAGACAAAUACAGUCAUCGAUUGGAUCGUAAAGGAGAAAACUUCUUCUGGGUUCAUCAUCAACUUACCGUCCGAUUUGACGCCGAACGUCUUUCCAAUUACUUGGACCCUGUGGGAGAACUUCACUGGGGAAAGCCCAUUGUCCAAGGUUUUGCCCCUCACACUACUUACAAGUACGGAGGUCAGUUCCCCUCUCGUCCCGAUAAUGUUAACUUCGAGGAUGUAGAUGGCGUUGCCAGAAUUAGAGACUUGCUCAUCAUUGAAAGCCGAAUUCGAGAUGCUAUUGCCCAUGGUUACAUUGUUGACAGGGCCGGUAACCGCAUUGACAUUAUGAAUGAACGUGGUAUUGACAUCCUGGGAGACAUUAUUGAAUCCUCUAUGUACAGUCCCAAUGUCCAAUACUACGGAGCCUUGCAUAACACUGCUCAUAUUGUCCUUGGUCGACAAGGUGAUCCUCAUGGAAAGUACGAUUUACCCCCUGGCGUACUCGAGCACUUUGAAACAGCCACACGUGAUCCUAGCUUCUUUAGGCUUCAUAAAUAUAUGGAUAACAUCUUCAAAGAGCACAAGGACUCACUUCCCCCUUACACUAAGGAAGAACUGACCUUCAACGGUGUAAGUGUUGAUAGUAUGUCUGUUGAUGGUGAACUCGAGACCUACUUUGAAGAUUUUGAAUACAGUCUUCAUAACGCAGUUGAUGACACAGAAGAAAUUGCAGAUGUGGAAAUCUCCACUUACGUGCCUAGACUUAACCACAAGGAUUUUGCUUACAACAUCGACGUUAGCAACAAUCAAGGUGCGGAGGUACUAGCAACAAUCCGCAUUUUUGCUUGGCCUCAUCGUGACAACAAUGGUAUUGAAUACACAUUUGAUGAAGGUCGCUGGAAUGCCAUUGAACUCGAUAAAUUCUGGAUGAAGUUGGCACCAGGAGUCAACCACAUUGUCCGCAAGUCUUCGGAAUCUGCAGUCACAGUCCCUGACGUACCAAGCUUCCAGACCCUCUUCGACAAGACCAAAGAAGCCCUGACUGGCACAGACUCCGGGCUAACAGACUUUGAGAGUGCCACUGGCAUUCCUAACCGAUUCCUCAUCCCCAAGGGUAAUGAACAGGGUCUAGAAUUCGACCUCGUUGUAGCCGUGACAGAUGGUACAGCUGAUGCAGCAAUGGAUGGACUUCAUGAAAGUACCGAUUUCAUUCACUACGGUUCCCAUGGCAAGUACCCUGACAAGCGCCCACAUGGCUACCCUCUGGAUCGCCGAGUUCCAGAUGAUCGUGUGUUUGAUGAGCUUCCCAAUUUCGGACACAUUCAAGUUAAGGUCUUCAAUCAUGGUGAAUAUAUCCAUAACCAUUAAUCUCAUGGAACCUAACUAUGUCUGGUGUUAUACUUUGGAUCUGUAAAGAACACCAGAUUUGUUCAACAAAUUGCCUACAACCAAAUAAAGAAAAUACAAUGGUAUUCUUGAAAUAAAAAAAUUGUACUUAGUAUACAAUUUUCUGUGACAAAGCUA